AUGCUUGACGGAAUAAAGGCUCUUGUAAAUGGCCAGGACGUGUUUUUGGAGAUAGAUGGCGUGAAGAUCAGAAUCAAGAGGCUUGUUGAGUGCAAGCACAGUGACUGUAGGCAUGAUAAUGAAGGUUCAGACGGUGCAAGAGGUGAUGAAGCAGCCAUGGACCAAGCAAGCAAGUGCUGCGCAGCCAAAGAGAUUGCCUACAAGGACAUACUGCUAACAGAAAUCCGCUCGCUGCAUGUGAUAAACUCAGAUGGGGUUUUCUUAAGGCUCAAUCUGAGUGACGAUGCAGUUGUGAUUGGGUUUGAUACACACCAUCUCAGGGACAUGGCAAAAUCAAUUAUAUUGUCAUUCAUGAAGACAGAGCAGGAGAUCAUAAAAAAGGCACUUGAUUCGGAUGUGGAUGCGAAAGCAGUGUUUGGAAAUCUUAAGCAGCAUGUUUCUCUGUCGAAGUUCUGGGCAAUCAAUAAGGACCGAAUGAAACGGGUCGUAGGGAUAGCCAGGCAGCAGCCAUCAGUGGAAAUGGAUUUUGUGCAGGACGGCAUACAGCAAAUAACAUGCCCGGUAUUACUAAAAAUAUUCGGGCUGAUGAACUGCUCAAUGAACCAGUUCCAGAAUCUUCUAAGGCAGUCAUACUUCUUCAGCAUCAAGAACCAGAGCAACAGUCUUGAUCGGUUGAUUAGCUCAUCCAUCCGAGAGUACGAAACAAAGCAGGACUUUGCAUCAAGAAUGAACAGCCACUCUGUUCUUGCACUAAGACCUGCCGAGUGCACAGACAUCUCUCCGAGUACAAAGGAGGGAAAGAAAGUGGAGUUUUUGCCUGUGUAUCCGUUCGAGGAGGCAAAGGAGAAGAGGCCGAGAAGGCAUUUUGAAUUCAAGGUGGCUCCUCUAAGAUGUGACAUCCAGCUUGAAGUCAUGCCCAUGGUUGAAAAGAUUAAUUUUGAUAAAAAAGACCUGGUCUGGAUACGAGACCUGUCGAGAUUUACAUACAAGGCAGCGAAAGAAGGCGACAAUGAGUUUCUUGCUGAAGCACAAACACUUACAAAGCAGUUUUUGGAAAGUAUGGUGAAUAAGUAUGGAAGUGAUGCAGUCGUGUAUGUAAGAAGAAUUCUUCCAACAUAUUUUAUGGCAAGCGAAUAG